GAAAUUUCCUCGGCCACUGGGGCGAGCGAGCCGUGUCUCUUUUGUCCUGUAGUGACUGUGCCUUCUCUUCCGGUUUUCGUAUUGACAAGGCGUGAUCUGCGUUGUGAUCACGUCUCCGUGUCUUGAUCGUUUCGCUGUUUCGAUCGAAGCAAGAAGGGAGCGGCGAGAAUGGGCGGAGGCAACGGCCAGAAAGCUAAGAUGGCUCGCGAGAGGAACAUGGAGAAGCAAAAGGGCGCUCGAGGAAGUCAGCUUGAGUCAAACAAGAAAGCCAUGAAUAUCCAGUGCAAGGUUUGCAUGCAGACUUUCAUUUGCACUACAACAGAGGUGAAAUGCAGAGAACACGCAGAGGCAAAACAUCCUAAGUCGGAUUUGUAUGCAUGUUUUCCUCAUCUGAAGAAAUGACAUCAACCGAUGACAGCGGACAAUGGUUCUACGAACUUGCCAUGUUCUUGUCGUGAUUAUGUUCAAGUUUGGAGCUUGUGUGUUACAAAGUAUAUGCCAAUAAAAAAUCCGCCGCCUUUGUUA